UUUACACACAAACCGGGAACUUCUUUUCCGGAUGCAGGGAGUACUAUUUAGUGCAAAUUUCAGGUCGAAUUCAAAUUACUUUCAACUGGAACCUAAGUGGCAAUUGGGUUCAUAUUGGCCCAGGCCCCUGUUUAUGGGUGGCCGUUCUCAGAGAGAGAUAUACAGUGUAUACAACGGUUGAAAAUUGGGAUUCGCAAUUAGGUUUCGCAGGGGAAGGGUGAGAUGGGGAUCGUGAAAGCUUAUCAACACGCCAUGGAGGAGGGAUUAUCCUAUGAAGAAUUCAGAGCUAAGGAAUUUGGGAAGGUAAUGAAUGAUGAUCCUCCCGCUGAUAUGCCUUUUUCAUUUCAGCCUGACGAUUCUAUUUCAUCCCAGAAGAACGGCGUUCCUCCCACUAAUAUGUCACGUCCAUUUCUGCCUUGGGAUUGCACGGAGACUUUGAAAGUUAUCCAGAAGACAUUACAAGUACUUCAAAGGGAUCAAGCUGCGUAUCGGACUAAUUUGCUAGACAAUUAUGACUAUGUAAGUGCCACUCUUUCCGAAUCGACCUGUUUGCUUGUGGCGUGUGUGCAUUUUGUUGUACAUUUAAGAACUGGAGUUUCUUUGUAGGCUUUGCUUGAGCGUAUUCCGCGAGAAUACAAUUUAGUUGAUAAAGUGUUUGCAUUUGGUUUUGAUAAUGCUACUAAUAAUACUGGGAAAAAAAA